CUGUACAUUUACAAUAGGAAUUUAGGACAGUUUGCUAGCAAUAGAUUUGGAACAGUAUUUGUUUUUCUGUGUGUAAAUGAUCUGGGGAUAGAUGCCAACCUCUAUAGAGAAUACAUCUGUUUGUUCCAUCAAGGACCCUAAUGGCCAUAAAAUUAACCCCAAAUAAUCUUAGGAUUCAUAGUACUUAAAGGUUUGUUUUGGUGCCUUUUUGACUACCUCUACCGCCUUUAGUGUACUCUAAGAUCUCCAUGCCUGUUCCAAACUGAGACCACCACAGUAAGAAAAGAAAGGACACUAUCAUGGUAGAUGGUUGCUGAAGAAAGUUACACUACUUCCGAAGUUGAUGAGGUUUUAGUUCAAAAUGGUAUGCUCCCUGAUUUUUAAGUAUCAGCUGCAAGAAUAUAGAUUAGUCUUUGCUGUGGAACUAAAGUAUAUUUUAAAAGUUUUUUUUUUUUAAUGUCUGUUGCGCCGUGUUUGUUUGACUGAAAGUUUCCUCAUCACUUGGUGAGACCCUCCUCUAAUUCAAUCUUUGUCUUUUGUCUUUGCUGCCUUGCAGGGUUGGUACAGUAGGCUUCACUAGACUUAGCUGCAACUCAGAAUUUCUCCUCCAGCACCUGAGUAAAUGCUGAUGGUCUUGUGGAGAGUGGAUUAAGAGUACGAGCUAAGUUCUCAAUCCCAGUUAAGAAGCGGAGGAAAAUUUAACUGUCUCCUUCAAAGUUUAUCACCACCAUCAAGACAGCAAACCAAAGGACAAAGACUUUGACCUGCUGUGUUGCUCUGUGUAGUCCAGUUCACGUAUGGUUUACAAACUUGACUGGGGUUACUAAUAAGUAAGAAAAGUUGGACACUUCUGUCAUUUGGACAUUUAUUCAGAAGUUACCAGAAUGAGGGCUGUACUGGAGACAGCAGACAUUGCCAUAGUGGCCCUGUAUUUUAUCCUGGUCAUGUGCAUUGGUUUUUUUGCCAUGUGGAAAUCUAAUAGAAGCACCGUGAGUGGAUACUUCUUGGCGGGGCGCUCUAUGACCUGGGUAGCAAUUGGUGCCUCUCUGUUUGUGAGCAAUAUUGGGAGUGAGCACUUCAUUGGGCUGGCAGGAUCUGGAGCUGCAAGUGGAUUUGCAGUGGGCGCAUGGGAAUUCAAUGCCUUACUGCUUUUACAACUUCUGGGAUGGGUUUUCAUCCCAAUUUACAUCCGAUCAGGGGUGUACACCAUGCCUGAAUACUUGUCCAAGCGAUUUGGUGGCCAUAGGAUUCAGGUCUAUUUUGCAGCCUUGUCUCUGAUUCUCUAUAUUUUCACCAAACUUUCAGUGGAUCUGUAUUCGGGUGCCCUCUUUAUCCAGGAGUCUUUGGGUUGGAACCUUUAUGUGUCUGUCAUCCUGCUCAUUGGCAUGACUGCUUUACUGACUGUCACCGGAGGCCUUGUUGCAGUGAUCUACACAGACACUCUGCAGGCCCUGCUCAUGAUUAUUGGGGCACUCACACUUAUGAUUAUUAGCAUGAUGGAGAUUGGCGGGUUUGAGGAAGUUAAGAGAAGGUACAUGUUGGCCUCACCCAAUGUCUCUUCCAUCUUGUUGACAUACAACCUUUCCAACACAAAUUCUUGUAUUGUCCACCCUAAGAAAGAAGCCCUAAAAAUGUUACGGGAUCCAACAGAUGAAGAUGUUCCAUGGCCUGGAUUCAUUCUUGGGCAGACUCCGGCCUCAGUGUGGUACUGGUGUGCUGACCAAGUCAUCGUGCAGAGGGUCCUAGCAGCCAAAAACAUUGCUCAUGCCAAAGGCUCUACUCUUAUGGCUGGCUUCUUGAAGCUUCUGCCAAUGUUUAUCAUAGUUGUCCCAGGAAUGAUUUCCAGGAUACUAUUUGUUGAUGAUAUAGCUUGCAUCAACCCAGAACACUGCAUGAAAGUGUGUGGAAGCAGAGCUGGGUGCUCCAAUAUUGCUUACCCGCGCCUGGUGAUGAAACUGGUUCCUGUGGGGCUUCGGGGAUUGAUGAUGGCAGUGAUGAUUGCAGCUCUGAUGAGUGACUUGGACUCUAUCUUUAACAGUGCCAGUACCAUAUUCACCCUCGAUGUGUACAAACUCAUCCGCAAGAGCGCAAGCUCCCGGGAACUAAUGAUUGUGGGGAGGAUAUUUGUGGCUUUUAUGGUGGUGAUCAGCAUAGCAUGGGUGCCAAUCAUCGUGGAGAUGCAAGGAGGCCAGAUGUACCUUUACAUUCAGGAGGUAGCAGAUUACCUGACACCCCCAGUGGCAGCCCUGUUCCUUCUGGCAAUUUUCUGGAAGCGCUGCAAUGAACAAGGGGCUUUCUAUGGUGGAAUGGCUGGCUUUGUUCUGGGAGCAGUCCGUUUGGUACUAGCCUUUACCUACCGUGCCCCUGAGUGUGACCAACCUGAUAACAGGCCUGGCUUCAUCAAAGAUGUCCAUUAUAUGUAUGUGGCCACAGCAUUGUUUUGGGUGACAGGACUCAUUACUGUAAUUGUUAGCCUCCUCACACCACCACCUACAAAGGAACAGAUUCGUACCACCACCUUUUGGUCUAAGAAGAACGUGGUGGCGAAGGAGAGUUGCUCUCAGAAAGAUGAACUAUACAAAAUGCAAGAGAAGAGCAUACUCAGAUGCAAUGAGAACAGUGAGGCCAUUAACCACGUCAUUCCCAAUGGGAAAUCUGAAGAUAGCAUAAAGGGCUUGCAGCCUGAAGACGUUAAUCUGUUGGUGACUUGCAGAGAAGAAGGCAACCCAGUGGCUUCCUUGGGUCAUUCAGAGGCAGAAACACCAGUAGAUGCUUAUUCCAAUGGGCAAGCAGCUCUCAUGGGUGAAAAAGAAAGAAAGAAAGAAACAGAGAAUGGAAGCGGGUACUGGAAGUUCAUAGACUGGUUUUGUGGCUUUAAAAGUAAGAGCCUCAGCAAGAGGAGUCUCAGAGACCUGAUGGAGGAGGAGGCUGUUUGUUUACAAAUGUUAGAAGAGACUCCGAAAGUUAAACCAGAGACUGCUGCUGCUUUGAAACGUACAAUAGAAGCCCUGAUGGAUAGAGGAGCCAUAGUACGAAACUUGGAAAACCUGGGUGAGCGAGCACUUCCUUACAAGAUCUCUGCCCACAGUCAGCAGCACUGGAGAGGCGGAUAUUUCUUGGUGGAUUUUUAUGCACCAACAACAACCGUGGAGAGCAUAAUGGAGCACUUGUCUCGGGACAUUGAUGUGAUUAGACCAAAUAUUGUAACACACCCUCUAACCCAGGAAGUAAAACAGUGUGAUGGCAUUGUCCCAGUCCCACUUGAAGAAAAAUUAUAUGCCCCAAAGAAGAGGAAGUAAGAAGAACCAUGGGUGUUAGCCUUUUGUUGACUUCUCUCACACCAGAGGAGCGUGGGUGACGAGUAUACAGAUGUGGCCUUUUACCAAGAAUUUUGUUAGGAGUACCAUUUGAGUUUUGUAGGAUGCUUUGCUUUUGAUCCCUUUUUUGGGCAAGAAGUGGGAAAGCUGCUGGCUGAGAACUUGCCUGUCAUCUGUGGUACUGCACAUGAUUCCCGACUUUGUUUUCCUUAGUGUACUUUCUUUGUCAGUGUGGACAGCAACACCAUUCUGAAGAGCAAAACAUAAAAUUGCCUUGGAUUGUAAGCUCAUCAUUCACACUGUAUAACCAUGCAAAAAUAAAAACUGAAGACCGCUGUAUAAUAGGGACAACUUUCGAUCAAAGAAAUAAACAUGAUUUUAUAAACUCUA